CAACAGGCUCAGUUCCUCAUCUGGCUGCUGGCCUUAUAAGCACUUCGGCCCUGCUGUCACCUUCGGGAAGGGAGGCUCCUACAGAGAGACUCUGACCAACCCCUGCCUGGGUCCUUGCUGAGGACAGGAUGAUGGCCAGAUCGUACUUUGUCGUAGUGGUGCUGCUGUUGCUGGUAGAGGUCUCUGGAUUCGAAGAAGGGGCAUCUAAUCCUGGGUUCGUGGCCAGAAUCACCAGGAAAGGCCUGGAAUAUGCCCGCCGAUUCGGAGUAGCCAUCCUGAAGAAGGAGCUGUCUACGAUCAAGUUGCCUGAUUUCUCCGGAAGCUUCAAAGUCGGCUGGAUCAAAAGUGUGGCCUAUGACUUUUACAGACUGAAGAUCCAUCACUUUGAGCUCAGGAACUCGGAUCUGAGGCUACGCCCAAGACAGGGGGUCAGAGCUACCCUGUCCAAUAACUACGUGUUUAUCAGUGGGAGUUGGAAAGUGAAAAAGGCUUUCGUCACCCUAGAUGGGACUUUCGAUGUGAGCGUGGAUGACAUUUCCAUCUCAGUUUCUCUGAACUUGGGCAAGGACCCGUCCGGACGGCCCACUGCCUCCGUGGCCCGCUGCCGCAACUCCAUCGGCCACAUGAGUGUUGACAUUUCCGGACAACUAAGCUGGAUCCUGAACCUCUUCCACGAAAGAAUUGAAAACAAUUUCAAAAAUAUCUUGGAACAAAAGAUCUGCGAAAUGGUCAGGAAGUCAACCACCUCCCACCUGGAGCCCUAUCUCCGGACUCUACCAGUUACCUUUAUGAUUGACCAGACUGCUGGCAUUGACUACAGUUUAGUAGGUGCUCCCCAAGUGAAUUCUCAAGUCCUAGACACACCCUUCAAGGGUGAAUUCUUUGGCCGAAACUGGCGCUCCCCAGCCCUCUUCGAUGCUCCGUCCAUCAGGCUGCCAGAGAAACGUGACCACAUGGUCUACUUUGCUGUCUCUGAAUAUGUCUUCAACACAGCCAGCUGGGUUUACCACCAAGCUGGACGCAUGAACUUCACCAUCCAAAACCGUCACAUUCCCCCGGACUCUCCGAUCCGCCUGCACACCAGCUCGUUCCGGGCCAUUGCUCCUCGGCUGUCCAGGAUGUACCCCAAUAUGGAGCUAGAGCUUGAGACAACACCUGAAUCAGCUCCAUUCCUGACGUUCACCCCUGGGAAUGUGACCUUCAUGCCGGUGAUAGACAUCCAGGCCUUUGUCCUCCUGCCUACCUCCUCUGACCGCAAGCUACUCUUCCAGCUCAGGGUGACAACCAACAUCUCUGCCACCAUCAGUGCGAACUCUGACAGGAUUGUUGGUUCGGUGACCACAGGAAGUAAGCUGAAAUUGGAACUGAAACAUUCCAACGUCCGUUUCAUCAACGUGGAGCUGAUGGAAGCCAUCCUCAAUUACUACGCGCUCCACACCAUGUACCCCUCUCUCAACGCAAAGCUUGAGAAAGGCUUCCCUCUCCCUCUGCCGAGGGACACCCACCUCAACAGUUUGGAGCUCCAAGUCCACGAGAACUUCUUGCUCUUGGGGGCCAACCUUGAUUAGGCUGAGCACUGAGGAAGGAGCAGCCGUGGCUGGAGGAGUGGACGGAACCACAGCAGGGUUUAGUCCUGCCCCUGUAGGGGUCCGGAGGCUGCAGCCUCUCUGCCUCUACUCCCCAUGAGGGCCUCCUCCAAAUGGACGCUCGUCACUGGGGAGCCUGGGACACCUGAAGACACACCUGGCCAUAGGACACGUCCCCCAACUUUCUCCUCCUCCUCCCUGUGCCUCUUCCUGUCCCCUUUACAGCUUUAGCCUUACUCUGGGCAGCCGCUAGAAAAAACUUCAGUGAGCAGUGUCCAGUCACCACAAAGCUCAAAUCACCCUGCUCAGCAUUAAACAUGAACUAAGUUGUACGUGUCCUUUGACGCUGUAGUUACAGGAGCAGAAGUGAGACAAUGUGGGCUUAAAGCCUUGUGUCGCCACUUCCUUGGUGUAUAAUAUUUAUUGAGAUGGGAGCAGAGACUACCCAGCCACUGUAUGAGCUCUACAUUUAUUCAACAAACCUUGAUUUCAAUUUGCUAAUGAGUGUCCUGAACUGACUUCUGUGUCUGGGCGUGGUGCUGGGGGGGGGGGGUCCAAGAGAGGAAAACACGCGGUUUCUGUCUUCGCCAAGUUUAUAGCCAAAAACAGGGGUUGGAAGACUUUUUCUAUGAAGGGCCAGAGAGCAAAUCUUUUAAGCUUUGACCACAUAUCGAGUCUCUGUCAUGACUACUCAUCACAGCCACUGUAGCAGAGAACAGCCAGACAGCAAGCCAGUGGGUGUAGCUAUGUUCCAAUUAAAACUUGAUUUACAAAAAAGGCAACAGGCCAGAUCUGAGUGGGGGGCCAUGAUGCGCCCACCUGUGGUCUAAAAGAAUAAUCCACCAUCCAACAGACAGGAUUUAUACCAUGAGCACAAGUCUGGGUUUCAAUCAGGAGAUGUGCUAACAUAUCCUACUGGUCACAAGAGCACAGGUUGAAGCGUAGGCUGGCCUGCUUUCAAAUCGUGGCUCCCCCUCCUCAGCUCUCAGCAAUUUACGAAAUCUCUCUUAACCCCCAGAAUCCUGUAAAACAGCAGGAGUAGUGGCCGAUGACUGUGCCACCUGAAGCCCCCACUCACCCUUAAACAUGUCGAAUGACUAAGUUGUACGUGUCAUUUAACGUCAUGACAUGAGGAAGAUGAGAGACUGAAAUAAAUCACUUCUGCUGCCCU